AUGCUAGUAUCAAGAACUUUUUCAAGAAGCGUCGCUUCGAGACUCGUGCUACGCAGCUAUUCGCAGUUGCCUCUCAGAGUGCCCAUCACACUGCCCUCGGGGGUGACUUACGACCAGCCAACCGGGCUGUUCAUCAACGGCGAGUUCGUUCCCUCGCGCCAGCACAAGACCUUUGAGGUCCUCAACCCUUCCACGGAGCAGGAGAUUGCACACGUGUACGAGGCGCGUGAGGACGACGUGGACGUCGCAGUCGCUGCUGCCAAGGCGGCUUUCGAGAACAAGUGGGGCACUGCGGACCCAGAGUUCCGCUCUAGAUGUCUUUACAAGCUGGCUGACCUUGUCGACAAGCACGCGGAGGUGCUAGCCGGCAUCGAGUCGCUCGACAAUGGUAAGUCGUUGCUCUGCUCGCGUGGUGACGUGGACUUGGUGGCCAAGUACCUCAGAUCCUGCGCCGGCUGGGCCGACAAAAUCUUCGGCCGUACCAUCGACACUGGUUCUACACACUUUUCGUACACGCGCCGCGAGCCUCUCGGUGUGUGCGCACAGAUUAUCCCAUGGAACUUCCCUCUGCUCAUGUGGUCCUGGAAACUAGGCCCAGCGCUGGCCACCGGUAACACCGUUGUCCUGAAGCCCGCUGAGGCCACUCCUCUCUCUGCCCUUUACGCUUGUCAAUUGGUCCAGGAAGCUGGUAUCCCAGCCGGUGUUGUGAACAUUCUACCUGGUUUCGGAAAACUGCUCGGAGACAGGCUAUGCACACACAAGGACGUCAAGAAAAUCGCAUUCACAGGUUCUACUGCUACCGGCCGCCACAUCAUGCGCAGCGCAGCCAACACUAUCAAGAAGGUUACUUUGGAGUUGGGAGGCAAGUCCCCUAACAUUGUUUUCGGAGACGCCGACCUUGACAAGGCCGUGCGCACCAUCGCCUUUGGUAUCUUCUACAACUCCGGUGAAGUUUGCUGCGCCGGUUCCCGUGUUUAUGUCCAGGACACCGUUUACGAGGAGGUUUUGGAGAAGUUCAAGAACUACGCCGAGUCCCUGAAGGUCGGCGACCCAUUCCAGGAGGGCGUCUUCCAGGGUGCCCAGACCUCGCAAAUGCAAAUUGACAAGAUUCUCGACUACGUGCAGAUCGGUACUGGCGAAGGUGCUCGUGUAGUUGCUGGCGGCGAGCGUCUCGGCGACAAGGGCUACUUCAUCAAGCCUACUAUUUUUGCCGAUGUCACGGAAGACAUGCGCAUUGUCAAGGAGGAGAUCUUUGGCCCUGUCGUCACUGUCUCGAAGUUCUCUACCGUGGACGAGGUCAUCGAAAUGGCCAACGACAGCGAGUACGGCUUGGCUGCAGGCAUCCACACCAAGGACAUCAACAAGGCCAUGGACGUCUCUAACCGUGUCAAGGCCGGUACUGUCUGGAUCAACACCUACAACAGUUUCCACCAGAGCGUGCCAUUCGGCGGAUUUGGCCAGAGUGGUAUCGGUCGUGAGAUGGGUGCUGAGGCCUUGGACAACUACACCCAGGUCAAGGCUGUCAGAAUGGCCAUCGACCCAGCUGAGCGCUAA